CGUAGGGUUAGCAGCCCCGGAUAAAUACGGGCCUGAACGGUAUGGAAUCGUCUCUCGGCUUUGUCGCUUCGUGAACAUCCGUGCAUUUGAAUAACAUUGGUCGACGUCACUUGGUGUGCCGUUUGCGGGUCGCUGGCGCGCGUCGGUCCGAGCAGUGACUGAUAAGUAGUCUGCCGGAGAGCGGACCUUUGCUCGAGUUCGCGACUUAUGCAGGUGUGCAUGGUGGUUUCAAGAACAUCGUCGUUCAAGAAUAAUGUCUGUGAUUUCUUGAUAUCGGAAGAUUCGCCACUUUUCCACGGACGGAGGACACGGUGGGCAACGCUAGGGGCCGAUAUUUCGGAGCAUUCCUCGAGCCUCCGUUGAGCCGAGACGCGGUGCCUCGACGAUAGUCAUUAGGAGGUGCUUGCGUCUGUCCUUCCGCUCGCCCGCACGUGCUAACCGCCACGAGUACUGUCUAUGUUAAAACGCCGGCCGACCGAUCUCUCGUUACUAUACAUUAUAUUGAUUACGUUAUCGAAGACCGAACAGCGUGAACGCGCACAGUCGUGUUUCGCAACGUUCUAUACAAACAUCUGCGUGCCAAAUAAUCCUGACCGGGAUAUCUUGUUUGUUUACGAUAAUCGUCGCUCGUUUUCUUUCUUAGGAUUUAGUGCGAUCGUCGCCCAAUCGAUCGCCGUACGCGCGCGAGAAAGAAAUCAACGGGCGUGCAAAGAGCGACGAAGAAUCACGACGAUUCGACCGACAGCGCGAUAACACUUGACUGAUAAAGCGAGAACAAAAAAGUAUUGCCGCUUUAAUUUCGGUAAUUUUUUUUCCUCGAAAAAUAAGUUACUUUCUGACUUGUUCCCCGAACAAAUGGUGGAACGCAAGCGUUGGCCCAUGGAGGACAGCGUACAAGGAACCUCGAGCGCCGUCCUCGAGGAGAUCUUCUACGUGACGUCGAAACGGAACACGUAUUACAAGGUGAAGCUGACGGAGAAGGGUCUGAGCUUGCAAAAGGAGCACAACGGCGCGACGAAGAUCGAGACGAUCGCCUUAGGUGAUAUCAUCGGUUGCAGAUGCAUGCGGUCGAAGCGCAGGAACGCGGGCAGCUGCGCCUGCCGACCGGGCGCGUCCAAGUCGCAGAUGAAGCUGGUGGAGUCGGCCGAGCUCUACCAGCAGUGCGACGAGCUCGACACGUCGGCGUACCUCUACAUAUACGCGUACACGUUGAAGAAGACGCGCAUGAAGGUCACGCUGAGGCGCGAACGUACAACAAUUACUUUGCGCUUCCGCAGCUUCGACAAGUACGAGGAUAAUCUGCGGGAGGCCAGCAGGUGGCGAUUGGCGAUCAAGUGCCUGGUCGCCAAUGUGCCGGUGCCGAAAAAUCUGAUGAGUCCCAGCCACGGCAACUUGGAGACGUUGGUCGGGGCGUGUCCAGGUGAGAAUCGGAAACUUCUGGUGUUGGUGAACCCGAAAUCAGGACCUGGCAGAGGCAGAGAUACCUUCCAGAAGAGGGUCCAUCCAAUCUUGUCGGAAGCGGAGAGAUCUUACGACAUUCAUAUUACCAAGUGUUCUAAUUACGCCCGUGAGUUCGUGCGCACAAGGGAUAUUUAUCAAUGGAGCGGUCUGUUGAUGGUCGGUGGCGAUGGAAUCGUCUUCGAGGUAGUGAACGGAAUCUUCCAAAGGCCUGAUUGGGAGAAAGCUUUGCGCGAAUUGCCGCUCGGGGUAAUACCAUGCGGUUCCGGCAAUGGUUUGGCAAAGUCCAUCGCUCAUGCUAAGAAAGAACCGUACGAUCGCAAUCCUUUGCUUAUCAGCGCACUAUCGGCGGUCAAAUGUAAAAGGACAUCGAUGGAUAUUGUGCGCGUAGAAACUAGAAAUCAGAUUCUUUUCUCAUUUCUGUCGGUGGGCUGGGGGUUACUCGCUGACAUUGACAUCGAAAGCGAACGACUUCGCGCCAUCGGGGGCCAAAGAUUUACUGUAUGGAGCCUAGCGCGUCUAAUAGGAUUGAGAACAUAUAAAGGCAAAGUGUCGUAUUUACCUUGCAACAAGGUUCCUCCUACAGAAAAUAUGGAAAACGGCAAUAUAUAUCACAAGGACUAUGUUGCAGAGAACAUAUUGUCGCAUUCGAGAAGCUAUGGCGACGAAUUGGACAGGUGUUGUGCCGGGCCUGAAUCAGAACCGAAAGGUUUCUACAAUACUUUCGGUGAAUCAUCCAACGAUUUGAACGGUUACGAUGAUAACGACGUGAUAACUGAGAACCUAGCUCUCGAGACGGAAAACGAGAGGAGACACAGACUUGACAGCUUUUACUCCGCAACAUCAGCAAAGUCGACUUAUUUCAGCACAGGUUCCGCCUCGAGUUAUCACAGUAUGGAAGAUGAUAACAGCACAGAGAUUGAUGCAGAAAACAUCUGUAACAAUCAAGUUAUGUAUGGGCCAUCAUCUACACUUCCGGCGCUAACAACGCAGCUCUCAAAUUGCUGGACAACGAUUCAAGGAGAAUUCAUAAUGGUACAUGCAGCAUAUCAAACACAUUUAGGACAGGACUAUUUUUUUGCGCCACGUGCUGCAUUAGCUGAUGGAAUUAUUUGGCUUUUAAUAGCUAAAGCCGGUAUUACACGGGCCAGCUUAGUGCAAUUUUUAUUAGGUCUGAGUAGUGGAACUCAUGUGACUUGCCCUGGCGUUGAUAUGAUACCUGUGAAGGCAUUUCGAAUAGAACCUAUGGAAGGAACGAGUGGAUAUAUAACCGUAGACGGUGAGGAAGUUGAUUACGGACCGUUGCAAGCCGAGAUAUUCUCUUCCUUAGCAUCGGUGAUGACACCCUGACAUAAACGAUAAUCAUGUAUAUUUAAUGGUGAUAUCAAACAAAAUCAAAUAAUCCGGAUAAUUCGACGAGAAAAAUUUAUUCUAGGCUAGCUUAGAAUAAAUUAGUUAUAAGAUAGUAACA